UCCUCGUCUUCUAAUCCUAAUUCUGUGUAUCAACUUCAAUAAUAAUAGUGUGUUCAAAAAUUUCCUUUUGUGGUCAAAUAACUUUCUUGCUAAAAAUAUUUGGUCAUCAUCAUUUAUCACAAGAUAACAAAUAGGAUAUAUAGUAACAAUUUCAAGUAUUUUCUAUUGAUGGUGAUCAAUUCUUAUGCUUCAAUUUUUAUUAAAAAAAAUAGAAAUUACAAUUUGAAUUCUCACGAUGUUUUAGGAUAACAAAAUUUUUUUUUUUUAUAAGAAGAUGCCGCAACUUCCUAGUAACGUAUGGGCCCUGAUGAGCAUCAACUUUGUUCCUCGAUCUGUACAGCAUCUGAUGGGCCCUGAUGAGCAUCAACUUUGUUCCUCGAUCUGUACAGCAUCUGAUGUGGUGUCCUGUUUAGGUGAGGGUGCAAGAGAUGAAUCUCUACCCAUAGACGACAGCUAACAAUUGAACUGUUUGAACCCUCAUCCAUUGACUUUGAAGUCUUCAAGUGUGUAUGUAUAUGCACGGUUUCCAUACAGAAGAUAAAUAAAACAGAAACUGAGAAACGUCGGGCAGGAUCGAUCCAGAAGAUAUAGCAGUUUUCUCCUGUCCAAAACUACAACUGGCAAUAAUGGAAGCUCGAACUUCUCCCUCCCUUCCUUUUUCUACGGAAGGUUUGGGGUCUUGUGAACUAUCAUGCUUCCGUUUAAUUAAAGAAGAAGAUUAUAAUGAGUACAACUGGGUAUUCUGGAGCACAUGCGGCAAUGACGAAGGAGGCUGCGGGAAGCCUCAUCAUCUCUCAGCCAGUGAGUAUGGAGUUCUUUCAAUAAUCUCUCAUAGUGUAAUAUGUAUGUGGACAUUUUUGUUGGACUAAUUAUCCUAUGAGAGAUUAUUGAAUUUGUUGGACUAUUGUGGUAACUAAUUAUAUGGAUGUUAGAAAGAUACAAAGGCUUGGGGCAUCCAAUUGGAGGGCGGCGGCGCUUAAAGCUCUUAAAUUAAUCUUUGGGAAAAUUAUACGUCAUCAGAUGUGUAGAUUGAGCUGCUGACGGUGCCGUGAUUAAGGACCAGAUCAAAUGGUUUCUACAACUUGUUAUGGAAGCUAUAUCGUGGUGUCGGUGUCUAGUUCAGUUUUGGGGUUUAGUGAAGACUGGGGACAAAACGUAUUUGACAACUUGUGACCAGCCUUUUGCUCUCCAAUACUUCCACUUCAAUGGUCCAGACGUCAAGGAACUAUGUGAAUAUAGGAAGCACUGUUUGGAGUACUUAAUACCCGUCGAUGAAGAUCAUGAGAUUGGUCCCCCUGGUCGGGUGUUCCGCAGUGGGUCGCCUGAAUAUGCACCUCGUGUGGAUGAUUACACUAGUAGAGAGUAUCCUCAACGUGAUUAUGCGGUCGGCCGUGUUGCGGGAUCCUGGGUGUUGCCAAUCUAUCAUCAUCCUACUCAGCACCUCCCCAUUGGUGUACUCGAAAUUGUAUCAGCAACUGAUUUUAGCAUACCUCGAUGUCUGGUUCUGGAUAAGCUUCAGAAGGUGAAUCUGAGGACUACUUGUGUAAGACUCGCAGAAGCAAGUUCAUGUCAACGUGGAGAAAUUGCUACAAUUGACGAAGCAUUGGGCAAGAUGAGGAAAAUAUGUGGAGUGGCUUAUGGUUGUGCUAAAACUUGGACUACUUCUGGAGAAAUACUAAGUUCUCAUGGUGACGUAGAUUUUAUUCGGAAGGGACAAGGAGUAGUUGGGAGAGCAUUCUCAUCCAAAAGUGCAUGCUUUUGUAGGGAUAUAAGACAAUUAAGCAUAACAGACUACCCGUUGCUACUCAAGGCACGAUACUUGAAGAGAUCUGCCUGUUUUGCAGUUUGUUUGCAGAGCUUUUGCUCGAACAAUUGCAUUUAUGUACUGGAGUUCUUUCUACCUAUGUAUGAAAAAGAUGAAGAUGAAGAUGAAGCAGACUAUGGGGAUCCUAGGACAUUGUUGAACAGCCUAAUGGAGACAUUGAACGAAUGCCUCGGAAGUUCUUUUAAGAUUGCUUCGGGACAAGAAUUGGGGCAGAAAUUGACUGUUGAGGUAAUAAAAGUCUCUCCAGAGGAUGAAUUUGAUUCUUUUGAAAUCUACAGUACUACUGGUAUCGGAGGAGAAGGAAUGACAAAACUACAAAUGGCUCUUUUUUCUGCGGAAGGUUUGGGGCCUUGUGAACUAUCAAUGUCCCAUUCAUUAGACGAUAUUGAUGAGCACUACUGGGUUUUCUGGAGCACAUGCGGCAAUGACGAAGGAGGCUGCGGGAAGCCUCAUCAUCUCUCAGCCACUGCUGACGGUGCCGUGAUUAAGGACCAGAUCAAAUGUUUUCUACAACUUCUUGAGGAAACAUUAAUACAGUGUGAUUGUCUAGUUCAGUUUUGGGGUUUAGUGAAGAUGGGCGACAAAACGUAUUUGACAACUUGUGACCAGCCUUUUGCUCUCCAGUACCGCCACAUCCGAGACGCCAAGAAACUAUGUAAAUAUAGGAAGCACUGUUUGGGGUACUUAUUACCCGUCGACGAAGAAGAUGAUGAUGAUAAGAUUGGUCCCCCUGGUCGGGUGUUCCGCAGUGGGUCGCCUGAAUAUACACCUUGUGUGGAUUAUUACACUAGUAGAGAGUAUCCUCAAUGUGAUUAUGCGGUCGGCCCUGUUGCGGCAUACUGGGUGUUGCCAAUCUAUCAUCAUCCUACUCGGCACCUCCCCAUUGGUGUACUGGAAAUUGUCUCGCCACGUGCUUUUACCGGAAUACCUCGACGGUGGGUUCUGGAGAAGCUUCAGAAUCUACUAUGGGAGAUGAAUCUGACAACUGUUGGUGUAAACCUAGCACAAGUAAAUUCAUGUCAAGAUGGAGAAAUUGCUAAAAUUGAUGAAGCAUUGAGUGAGGUGACUGCAAUAUGUGGACUGGAUGAUACUGAAACUUGGAUUACUUCUGGGGAAAUACUAAGUUCUCUUGGUAGCGUAGAUUUUAUUCAUAAUACACAAGGGGUAGUCGGGAGAGCAUUCUCAUCCAAAAGUGCAUGCUUUUGUAGGGAUGUAAGACAAUUAAGCAUAACAAAGUACCCGUUGGUAGUCCAAGCACGAUACCACAACUACUCUGCCUGUUUUGCAGUUUGUUUGCAGAGCUCUUGUUCGAGCAAUUGCAUUUACGUACUGGAGUUCUUUCUACCUACGUAUGAAGAAGAUGAAGCAGACUAUGGGAAAGAUGAAGAUGAAGCAGACUAUGGGGAAGAUGAAGAUGAAGCAGACUAUGGGGAAGAUGAAGCAGACUAUGGGGAUCCUAGGACAUUGCUGAACAGCCUAAUGGAGACAUUGAAAGAACACCUCGGAAGUUCUUUUAAGAUUGCUUCGGGACAAGAAUUGGGGCAGAAAUUGACUGUUGAUGUUAUAAAGGUCUCUCCAGAGGAUAAAUUUGAUUCUUUUGAAUUCUGCAAUACUACUGGUAUCGAAUCUAAACCUAGGCUUGAAGAAGUACAAGGAGGAGACGGAAUGAUGCAACUUGAUUUCUCAUCUCAACAAGUUGAUGCUGCAAAUGGUUCUAUGGAUGGUAUCCAUAACCAGCAGAAUAGAAGUGUUGGAUCUACAAGGAGGAGACAGAAUGGAAGUGUUGGAUCUCCAGAGGAUGAAUUUGAUUCUUUUGAAAUCUGCAGUACUGCUGGUAUCGAAUCUCAACCUAGGCUUGAAGAAGUACAAGGAGGAGACGGAAUGAUGCAACUUGAUUUCUCAUCUCAACAAGUUGAUGCUGCAAAUGGUUCUAUGGAUGGUAUCCAUAACCAGCAGCAUGGAAGUAUUGGAUCUACACCUAGGAAUGCAAAAGCACAAGGAGAAGGAAUGGUGCAAGUUGAUAAUGCAAAUGGUCAUAUAAAUGGUGUCCAUGCACAGCAGAGUGGGAUUGUUGGAUCUCCACCUAGACCAGAGCACGUGCAGGGCAUUGUCAACAUAUCAGAUCAAGAAUUAAAUCUUGCAGGAGUUGAUGUUGUGCACAAUUCUACGGAUGGUGUUUAUGAACAGAAAAAUGGAAUUGAUAGAUCUUCAACUGGACAGGAGGUCGUGCAAAACAUGGUCAGCAUAGCACAUGAUGAACCAAUUGUGGAAGAUCCUCGAAGAAAUGGUGCUAGUAUAGAACAGAGGGACAAUGAAGUGACUAAUUUAGAAGUGCAAAAGCCUAGUUGGACUUUAAAAAGCGACCUUGGAAUUACUCGUGAGGUUCUUGAACAAAAUUCUACAAGGAGACUUGAAGAUGCUGCAAAAAAUAUUGGAGUUAGUCGAUCUACAUUGAAGCGUAUAUGUAGGGAGUACGGUAUUAACAGAUGGCCACCUCGUAAAGCAAGAAAGGUUAGUCAAGCACUUGCUGUACAGAAAACUGUUCAACCUUCUACGGAAGAUACUCAUGAACACCACCGGUCAGAUGCAACGAGGCUAGAAGAUGAUAAUGGCAUGUGGGUGAAGGCAGAAUAUCAAGGGCGCAUGAUAAAGUUCAGACUUCCAUUUUCUGCCCGUAAAAUCGAUUUGGAGGAAAACGUUGUACAGCGACUGAAUCUAGCCACGGGAAGUUUUAUAAUUGAGUAUCAGGAUGAAGAUGAUGAUCGGAUAUGGAUAACCUGUGAUAGAGAUCUGAGUACCUGUAUGAGCACAUUGAGCUCACUAGGUAGGACUACAAUCAAAAUGUAUAUUGUUGAGGACAGUCCAAAUAGGUGAGAUCAAUAGAUUUUUAAGAAUUAUAUUAUAUACUAAAAAGUCUAGCAGGAGAGGAAUGGAGAGUUAGGAGCUCGGAAGGGACCAAUAUUGAUAUCAAUAUUAUACUUUUUUUUUGUAUUUUUCUACCAAAAAAAUCCAGAAAAA